AUGAAGUUUCCGAUUGCCAACUUGGAAACAUCAAGCGACGACAUAUGUACGAUCUGCUUCUACGAAACUGGAGCCAGCAUGCGAUGCUUCCCGACGAAGAUCAACGGAUACUUUCCUACUCAGGUCGAAGGCAUCCGCAGAGACCAGAUCCUAGAGCAUCCUCGGUACAGGAGAGCAGUAAGACGUGGGCAAGAAACGGCCAUAAGAUUCGAACAGCUCAUCAGCUCUGUGGGCAACAAGAAGAGUAAGGUUACCGUUUCGCCUAAUGGUAUUGUUGGAGGUCACCCUUGGGGGCAUCACGAAUGGGCCACAAACAAAAUCGCCUUCUUCGUCGAGACCACAUUUGACUUUCCGACUUCUCUGACACCGGCGAGCAUCGUGUCCUCUACACAAUGGUUGCACUUCGCUGGACCAUCGUCGAAGGCUGCGCUCCAAAGUCUUUUGACUUCUGGCUCGCGCCAUGUCGCUAUUCUAUCGGGAAUCUGUUUGUUCUCGGCCAAGGCCAUGACCACGGCUACUAAGGGCGUGCCGAUUAUCGACCUACAGAAUGAGCAGCACCACGGAGCUACACUUUACGAGCUGGAGUACAUUGCUCGCAGUGCCCCAGCCAUCGCAGAUCUUGCCAUCGCCUCCCGACCCGCGGCGGAGCUGACUACUCAUAUGAAUGGCGACAAAGUUUACCAACCACCCCAGAUUUGCUUGGACAUUCCCAAUUUCCAUUACUACCAGACAAUCGACGAUGUAUUGCGGUCUGGUCGUUGUGGAUUCGUCGAGGCUCUGCAUUGGCUCUGUGCUAUAGAGACGCACCAUGAGCAGAUCUCGCAUAUCUUCCGUGGUUAUCUCCACGUCGAGCUACUGCGACGAGACCCAUCCAUCAAACCAUGCGCAAUCAGCGUCACCCCGGGUGGCGAGCGAAUCCUCUCGAUCAUCCGCGAGUCGCUUAUGAAACGUACGCUUCCAUCGGUGCAGCAAGCUAUCGACGACCUCGGUGUCCACGAAUCAGCCUGGACAAGAUUUAUGCACUUUGUGCCCGACGCGGAGAAGCCGAAGGAUUUCAGAUCACUGGGUCAGAUGUUCUAUGUGUACCAAGUGGUACGGCACGCCUGGGGUGAAGAGUCAAUACAACCGGACUUGUUGAUUAGUGUCGAAGACAGCGCCGAACGCGGGGUGUAUUCUCGAGCUCAGAAGCUUCUCAAAAGGAUACGAGGAUCUACAUGCGCAGCGACGCCUGUACUACUAGAGACAUAUCUCUGUCCGCGUGUCUUUGUCGACAACAACGCUCAUGGAUCGGAGCUAUAUGCUCACGACCCGUAUCCGGGGCAGUUCAAGGACAAAACCCGGGCUGCACUGUUCUAG